GGCUUGUUGCUAUCUUCGUGCGGCCCUUUUGGUUAGCGUCAGCGUGUUGUGAUGGGUUUAAGUGGAUAAAAAUCAUGUUUAUUUGGUAUUGUGGUGAUUUUUUUUAGUGAAACUCAUAAUUUCCUUCAUCACUACCUAAAAAAAUGGCGCGACAUUCGGGUUCGGAAAGUGAAGAUAAAGAGAAGAAAAAACUCGAAAAAUCCAGGGAAAGUCGAAAAAGAACCGUUUCAGGAUCCAGCAGCAGCGAUAGUAGCGGAAGUUCAUCCGAUUCGAGUUCAUCUUCGGGUUCGAGGAGUUCUAGUUCGUCAAGUUCUAGCACCAGCUCAAGAUCGAGUAGCUCAACUUCCGAUUCAUCUACUUCGAGUAGUGAUAAUAACCGAACUAGACCAAAACGAAGGUCUUCAAGUAAACAAGCAAGGCGUAGCCGAGAGAAAAAACUUAAGGAUGAUGGCGGUGAAAAAGAAAAAUCGAAGGAUAAAGAAAUAAUUAAAGACGAAGCAAAAAAAGAACCCGGAAAACCGCUGUCUAAAGAUCCCAACGCGAAACCUCGUUCGAAAUCACGUUCGAGGUCCCCAAGACGUAAACGAAGGAGGCGUUCACCCACUCCUCGUCCGACGAAAAUUCAUAUCGGACGAUUAACUCGAACGGUUACAAAAGAACAUAUCAUGGAGAUUUUUGGCACUUAUGGGAUGAUUAAACACGUUGAGUUUCCGAAGGAUCAUAUUCACCCUCACAUCGGGAGGGGAUAUGCUUACGUUGAAUUUAAUAAUGCGGAUGAAGCUGAAAACGCAAUGAAACAUAUGGACGGAGGACAAAUCGAUGGACAAGAAAUAACAGCCGCUCCCGUUUUAAUCCCAAAACCCAGACCUUUACCCCCAAGACGAAGCCCAAUGCCAAUGCAUAUGAGGAGACCCCCACCUCACCGAAGAACCCCACCGCGAUUUAGGAGGAGAUCACCGAUGAGACCUCCGAGAAGAAGCCCUCCGAGGAGGAGACCUCAUUCGAGGAGCCCCCCUCAGAGACGCCGAAAACAUAGUAGAUCUAGUUCUAGUAGUUCAAGAUGAUAUUUUGGUGUGGCGAAGUUUUGAUUUAUGAAUUUGUAUAAUUUUUUUGACGUAUUUUUUGCUUCUUUUAAUUUAAGUUGUGAGUGUAUU